UUCGCCCUUCUAACAGGAAGAGAGAGAAACAGCAAGCCCAGAGCCAGACAGAGCAGGAACAGCUAUCAAUUCUAACAACGCCAUGAAGCAGACUUCGGGACUCUGAAGCGAACCUCAUGUUCAUCACCUCUUGAAAUCUGCCGGGGUCAAAUUAACCUGGGAGUCGAGGAAAAGUCUUUGGAAAGGAUGUUUUCCCAACAGCCAUGGUACCAUGGCAAUAUCACUCGCUCUACAGCUGAGGACCUCCUAUCCAAAGCAGGCAAGGAUGGAAGCUUCCUUCUGCGUGACAGUGAAUCUAUACAGGGAGCGUACGCUCUCUGUGUACUCUACCAGAAUUGUGUGUAUACCUACAGAAUAUUACCGAAUGAAGAGAAAAAGUUAUCAGUCCAGGCAUCUGAGGGUGUGCCUAUUCGGUUCUUCUCUGCACUGCCAGACCUGGUGGAUGCAUAUUACAAGGAAAACAUGGGUCUGGUCACACACCUUCAGUUUGCUGUGCCAAAGGAGGAGGAGCAAGAGGAGGAACCAGAGCCGGUUAGUUUGCCUCCCCAGCUGCCACCCAGAAACUUCCCAUGUAAUGAUGGAAAGGAUAGUUAUCCUUGUGACCCAUGCAGAGGAACAGAGAGAGCAGUAGAGCCUGCCCACCUCUCCAUUUCAGACACCUAUAUCCAGCGCCUGCAGCUAAUCGACAUAUCAAAUCUCCCUGAAGACCAUCAGAAGUCCAUCCAGGAAUAUUUCCGUACAUCUGUGUGUCUGGAUGCAGAGCAGGUGCAGAAUGGAAACCCUACUCUGCCUCACUUUAAAAAGCUCACACUAAGUAUCUGCAAAAACCUGAACAGUGAAGUUUCCCGCAUACUUCCGAGUAUCGAGGCAUUGCAGAAGCUUCUGGAACAGCCUUCAUCUCCUGGAUCUGGGAGACAAAGAAAUCAAUUUUCUGGUGAUGCAAAUCAGUCUGUGGCUUUCAGACUUGAGCAGCUGACUAACCUUUUAUAUUCAGUAGAAGAAAAGACUAAGAAUGCUGUGUUUGAAUCUGUUGGAUUUGAUGGAGGACACAGAAAGUCACUAAUACCUCCUGUGAUGUUUGAAGUCAAAUCUGAGUCCAUCGGCAUUUCAAAUAAAAUGUACCUCAAGGUAGAUGUGGAAGGUGGGAAGCUUUACUUCAAAAAGUCCAAAGAUGGACCCGAGGACAAAUAUUAUGUGCACAAUAAAAUCUUGCAGUUGGUGAAGUCACAGAAUAUGCAAAACAGACUAGUAUUGAUGGUGGAAACAGACAAGGAAAAAGUCCAGCGCAAAGACUAUGUCUUUGAUGACACAAAGAAAAGAGAAGGCUUCUGUCAACUUCUGCAGCAGAUGAAAAAUAAACACUCUGAUAAGCCGGAGCCGGAUAUGAUCACAAUCUUUGUUGGCACCUGGAACAUGGGAAAUGCAAGUCCACCACAAAACAUCACUUCCUGGCUCCAGUCGAAGGGUCAGGGGAAAACCCGUGAUGACACAGCCAAUAAAAUCCCACAUGAUAUCUAUGUAAUUGGGACACAGGAGGACCCGCUGGGGGAGAAAGAUUGGAUAGACACAGUUAGAGGAGCCCUUAGAGAUAUAACCAACAUUAGCUAUAAACAUAUAGCAAGUCAGACCCUGUGGAGUAUUAGAAUUGUGGUUUUAGCCAAGCCAGAACAUGAGAACCGCAUCUCGCACAUCUUCUCUGACAGUGUUAAGACCGGCAUAGCUAAUGCUCUAGGGAACAAAGGUGCAGUGGGGGUCUCUUUCAUGUUUAAUAGAACCUCGUUUGGGUUUGUCAACAGUCACCUGACCUCAGGAAGUGAAAAGAAAUUAAGACGAAACCAAAACUACAUCAAUAUUCUGCGUUUUCUGAAUCUGGGAGAUAAGAAGCUUAAUCGUUUUGACAUUACGCAUCGCUUCACACACCUCUUCUGGUUGGGGGAUCUAAAUUAUAGGGUUGACUUUUCACCACAGGAAGCAGAGAACAUUGUGAUGAAGAUCAAACAGCAGCAGUAUCAGGAACUGCUUGCCAAAGACCAGCUAAGCAUAGAGAAGAAAGAGGAAAAGGUCUUUAUUGACUAUGAGGAAGAGGAGAUUACAUUUGCUCCCACUUAUCGUUUCGAGAGGGACACACGAGAGAAAUAUGCCUACACCAAGGCCAAGGCCACGGGGACAAAAUACAACCUACCUUCUUGGUGCGACCGUGUGCUUCGUAAAUCCUAUCCUAUGGUGCACGUGGUUUGUAACUCAUACGGAUGCUCCAAUGAUAUCAUGACAAGUGACCAUUCCCCUGUAUUCGCUACGUUUGAUGUUGGUGUGACUUCACAGUUUGUUUCAAAGAAUGAUCUGUCAAAGGAGCCUGAGGGUGCAAUAAAAUUCAUGAAUUGUGUGGCUGUUCUAUAUACUAAAUCAAAGACCAAGUUCUUUAUGGAGUUUCACUCAAGCUGCUUGGAGAAGUUUGUAAAGAGUGCUGAAGGAGAAAAUCAAGAGAGCACAGAAGGCUCAAUAAAAGUACGCUUUGGAGCACAAGUUGAGCUCACACCCAUUAUUGCUGACCCAGAAUACCUUCUGGAUCAGCACAUCCUUAUCUGCAUUAAAUCUACAGAUUGUGAUGAGUCAUAUGGUGUGGGCUGCGUGGCACUGCGUUCUGCUGAAAGCUCUUACAAUGAGUUUUGUAUCAAACUCACACAUCAUGGUGAACGCACAGGCAGGCUAACAGGUGGCAUCCAACUCCACACAUCUGAAGGCAAACAGACAGAGAAGUUAUAUGAUUUUAUUAAAGUUGGUGAUGAUCCAGCAGCCGGUAAAGGCAAACCAGGCGAUUAUAAAUCUUCUUCUGCAGUCCUCGCCACUGAUAUUAGUAACCCCAGUUAUAUGGGCGUAGGCUACAAGAGCAACAACCAGUCAGAGAGGAGCUCCGGCAAUAUUACAUCCCAGAGAACAGUGGCAUCUUCAGUCAAAGACAUGACACUUGGAAAUCUUUCCCCAAAAAAGACUGCUUAUGACCAUUCUACAUCUAGUCCUACCGGAAAAACAUCUGGGCCAGUAACUGAGGAUGGGCAACCUCCAGAGAUGUUUGACAAUCCCCUUUAUGGCUCGAGGAGUGGAUCAAGAGCAAACAAAGAGCACCUCACACCCCCAGAUGCACUGUUUGCCUUUCCCAAAACAGACCUUGAUGCUGAUAGGCAACCUGUUCCAGUUCCAGUUCCUCGGAUCCGUUCCUUCACCUGCUCAGAAACCAAACAGUCUUCAUCCACCACAAACACCGUCAGCAGCAGUGGUCUACAUUCACAAAUCAUCAAUAAAAAGCCAGUUGUGCCUUGUCGCUCUGAAGGAGGCAUAUCUGUACCUGGCAGACCUCCGGUGCCUAUGAAGUCUCGAUCCGGUCAGCCACAAGAGCCUCAAAUAAAGCCCAGAGACUACAGAGACAGCUCGGAGCUCCCAUCCAAGAUACGACCACCUGCUAGAUCAGGCCAAACAAAAGAUGUGCAUCAUGAGACAGCACAACCUCCGAAGAUAAGUCGUCCUUUAAAGUGACCUCCCAUUGAUGGGUUAUGGUGGAGACCUUUCAGGACUGAUGUGAUUUUAAUGUCUGAAAUUUGAGAAAAGGCCCAGUAUAAAAGACAAUACUUUUUGUAUCUCAGAGUGGAAAACAUAAUACGUGUGUUUAAAUAAUUUGUGUAUUUGUCUUUUAUUUCAUAUUCAUUUUUUCAAAUAAAAAAGGUUGAUAAACAUUAUUUCAUUUCUCUCACAAAAUACAAAAAGUUGGACAACAUUUUUUAAAAAGAAUAACUGUUACACUGUUUCUAUAUUUUCUUACUCAUUCUUGUUUCUCAGAGCUAAAUUGUGAAAAGGAAAUAAUGAAAAUCUUAAAAAGCUCUAUUUUCAAACAAGUACCUUUUCUCAUCAACAUUUGCAAAGCGUCUUUACUUCCCCUAUUUUUGCAAAUGCUGAAAAAAUGUUUCUCCUU